GCACACAUCAAACCUCCCACUUUCCUAGUCAUCACAGAGUUUGUACCCACAUCUUUCGAACCCAGUUUGAAGGACAGGCUUGAAGAGGUACUCAUCAGCGCGGGCAUGCCCACCUCCGCCAUCACCUGGGCAGAGUGGAUCAAGAGAGUCAGCAAGCGCAAGCCAGGCCAACAAACAGCCCACCUCAAGAUGGUGUUCACAUCCACAGCGACCGCCAACCGGGCCAUCGAGGAGGGUUUGAUGAUUGAGGGGCAUCGCGUGUACUCAUGGAAGUCCCUCCCUGAACCCCCUUGGUGCUUCAAGUGCCAGUCCACAACAGGAGCCCAUCUGGCAGCCACAUGCCUGGCAGCGGAGUGGACGUGCGCGUCCUGCGCAGGCCCCCAUUGCACCAACCAGUGC